AUGGAUGACGAAAUUGACGAAUUUAAACCGAAGCGACAUGUUGUGCUUGGCCUUUUUGCAACGGGCAUUGUUCAAGCUGAAGCUCAUCCAAGUUAUCCUCCUAUUAAGCCUCCGCCGAUAGAAAUUGACACGACGUCUCACUUUGCGACCGAUAGGCAAGAGAGCGAUAGAGAUGAGUUGAUCAAAUGGGCCCGAAGCGUGGCAGAAAAGUUAAGGUUCUCCAUUAUAGUUAGGAGAUCCGAUUCGGGCGAAAAGAGAAAGGCUCAAUUAGUGUUGGAGUGUGAACGUGAUGGGAAGUAUGAAACAAAGCUAUGGCGUUUGACUGUUGUGAACGAUAUGCACAACCACGAGUUGGACAAAGGGCUUGAAGGACAUCUUGUGGCGGGGCGCUUGAAACCGCAGGAGACGGAGUUUUCGGACGAAAUGACAAGGAAUGCGGUGGCUCCAAAAAAUAUAUUGUCCACAUUGAAAGAAAGAGAUCCAAAUAACAAGACUUCGGCAAAGCAAGUAUACGACGCUUGUCAUAGGUACAAAGCUAAAUUGAGGGCGUCCAUGACUGAAAUGCAACACUUGUGCAAAAAGCUCGACGAGAAGUGUCAUGGUGAUGAGGAAUACAGAGAAUGA